AUGGUUGCAGUCAAGAGCCGAGGUAGUCGCAACUCCAAAGACAUGGAUCCGGGAGAAAUAGUGGUACCCUCCAUCAAACCUGGUCUGAAGAGAGAGUAUAACAUGAUGAUGAAGGCCCAGGGGGAAUUGAUUAGGUCUUCAAGAGAAGGUGGGAGAGUGACCAGGUCGCUAAGCGCCAGUGGUUCCAGGCGAGCAAACACAAGGAGCAGUGGUAUGGUGAUAAACAAGAAAAUGAAGGGAUCUGUUCCUAAGAAAAUGAAGAAAGACAAAAAAGGACCAGAAGAGGAGGAUGUGGAUGAGUUGAAGAACAUUGAUGUCUCAGGUAGCAACAAAGAAGAGUCUGAGAAGGAUGUAGCACAGGUAGGGUCCACUGUAGGGUGUGAAUCGAGAAAUUUGGAGCCGGAAUUCAUUGAUGUAGAUGGGACCGUGACACAGGAAUUGCAGCCCAAGUCUAGGGAAGAAGAGGACGUGAGGAUGUUGGAGAAUGGCAAAAAUUUGGAUACUGUAGAAGUGCCAAUGGGAGAUGUAGUACAGGCACAGUCUAAUUUAGGAAAUGAUUCAAGAAGUUUAGAGGCAGAGUUAGAUGCUGUGGGGAGUAGUGAGGCAGAGACUAAAGUGGGGGUGGAUUCUAAGGAAGCUGUGGGCCCCCAGCUGUCGCGCAUAGAGUUACCAUUGUCUCAGGGUGGAGUUUGUGAUAUAGAAUUCACUCAUGAAGGCGAAAAAACAAUUGAAGGAGUCUCUGAUUUAGGAUGUGAGGUAUUUGGAGAGGCUACACGCAGGACAGAAGAAAAACCACUGAGGAGGCACACUCGGGAUUCGAAACAGCAACAUGAGGAGUCUUUUCUUGAGGCACCAACUAGAGAGAGUAGAAGCGCAACAAAUUCGACAGAUAGCCCGUGUAAACGCGAAAUGAAGAUGUCGAAGAAGGUCGAGCUGAGGAAGGUGCCUUUAAGGUUGAAGGAUCUUCUAGAGACUGGACUCUUGGAGGGUCUCAGUGUUAGAUACAUCAAUGGCUCUAAGAGGAGGAGGCAGCCUGACACAGAACUUCAGGGAGUUAUUAAUGCAGGGGGGAUAUUAUGUAAAUGUGGUGAAUGCAAGGGGAAAGAGGUUGUGACGCCUAAUGUAUUUGAGAUGCAUGCAAAUAGUGCAAAUAAGCGCCCGCCUGAAUAUAUAUAUUUGGAAAAUGGGAAGAGCUUGAGAGACGUUCUGAAUGCAUGCAAGGCCAAUCAAUCAGAAUCAUUGGCAUUGGUGAUUCAGAACGCCAUUGGCCGUUCGGAUUUUACAACUGCUUUCUGUAUCAACUGUAAAGGGUUGAUUCCUGAAACUGGUGCUGGAAGACCAAUGCUUCUGUGUGAUUCUUGUGUUCUACCUAAGGAUUCUGAUCCAGGACACAUCCAGAGCAGUGAAGUCACCCAUAGGUCCCCGUUGGUUGGGUCAUCACCACCGGUAGUCUCUGUUUCCCAGCCUGAAGUUCCAGAAAGUGCUCGAAUUUCUUCACAUAAACAACCUCAAAGCAAACGUCAAGGGAAGCUAACACGAAAGGAUUUGAAAAUGCAUAAAUCUGUCUUAAUGGAAGAUUUGCUUCCUGAUGGUACUACUUUGUCGUAUGUCAUGCAUGGAAAGAGAAGGCUUGAAGGUUAUAAGAAAGACGGUGCUAUCUUCUGUACAUGUUGCAAUAGAUUGGUGAGCCCCUCACAAUUUGAGGCUCAUGCUGGAUUCGCUUCCCGUAGAAAGCCGUACAUGAGCAUAUACACUUCUAAUGGAGUGUCUCUACAUCAGUUAUCCCUUGAACUAUCCAAAAAUGGUAAAUCGUCUUCAGAGGAAAAUGAUGAUCUCUGUUCUAUUUGUGAGGAUGGAGGGGAUCUGUUAUGCUGUGACAAAUGUCCCCGUGCUUUUCACACUGUGUGUGUUGGCCUGUCAAGCCUCCCAGAAGGAACUUGGUAUUGCAAAUAUUGCAAGAACAUGUUUGAAAGAGAAAAAUUUGCUGAGAGGAAUGCAAAUGCCAUUGCAGCUGGCAGAGUGCCUGGAGCGGACCCUCUUGCAGAAAUAACCCAACGGUGCAUUCGCAUAGUGCCAUCGUUUGAAAAAGAUGUAGGCGGAUGUGCCAUAUGCAGGGGGCACGACUUCAGCAAGUCAGAGUUUAAUGACCGCACGGUUAUUAUCUGCGAUCAGUGCGAGAAAGAGUAUCAUAUCAGCUGCCUGAAGGAGCAGGGGAUUGCUGACUUGGAUGAGUUGCCGGAAGGUGAGUGGUUUUGUUCUGAACGGUGCAGCACUAUUCAUGUGGCUCUUCAGAAUUUUAUCGGUGCUGGGGAACAGAGUCUUCCGGAAGAUCUUUUGAAUAUUUUGAGAGGGAAAAUUGAAACCCAAAUUCCAUCACAAGAUAUUGACGCAAAAGGUCCAUCACAAGAUAUUGAUGCAAAAGACCCAUCACAAGAUAUUGAUGCAAAAGACCCAUCACAAGAUAUUGAUGCAAAAGGUCCAUCACAAGAUAUCGAUGCAAAAGGUUCAUCACAAGAUGUCGAUGAAAAAGGUCCAUCACAAGAUGUCGAUGAAAAAGGUCCAUCACAAGAUGUUGAGUCUGUCAUCCGGUGGAGGCUGCUGAACGGGAAAAAAGCUUCUGAGGACACAAGGGUGUGGCUCUCUGGUGCUGUUUCUAUAUUCCAUGACCGUUUCGAUCCAAUUGCUGAUUCAAGCACGGGCCGUCUUGACCUCAUUCCUCACAUGGUUUACGGGAGGGCUUUCAAGGACCAGGAUUUCUGUGGAAUGUAUUGUGCCAUGCUGAUGGUUGGUUCGGUUGUGGUGUCUGCUGGGAUUGUCCGAAUAUUUGGUGAAGAAAUUGCUGAGCUUCCUCUUGUGGCAACAAAGAGCGAGUACCAAGGGAAGGGUUAUUUUCAGUCUCUGUAUUUCUGCCUUGAGAGGCUUUUGGCAUCCCUCGGUGUAAAAGGUUUGGUGCUGGCUGCUGCCGAUGAGGCAGAAUCUUUGUGGACCAAUAGAUUUGGCUUUGCAAAACUUGGCGAAGAAGAGUUGGAAGAAUACCAGAAGAAGUACCAAAUGAUGAUAUUCCAGGGCACAUCAGUUCUUCACAAGGCGAUCACAAAUGCGUGA